AUUAUGAAUCCGCCCUGUGGGAGAUGCAGUAAACCAGUUUACCCCACAGAGAAAAUUAACUGCCUUGAUAAGUAUUGGCACAAAGGCUGCUUCAGCUGUGAGGUGUGCAAGAUGGCCCUGAGCAUGACCAACUACAAAGGCUUUGAGAAGAAACCCUACUGCAGCAUGCAUUACCCCAAAACCUCCUUCACCAUCGUGACCGACACCCCCGAGAAUCUCCGCCUGAAACAGCAGACCAUGCUCAACAGCCAGGCCCUUUACAAGGAGGAUUUUGAGAAGAGCAAGGGGAAGGGUUUCAGCGUGGUGGCCGACACCCCCGAGAUGCAGAGACUGAAGAAGACCCAAGACCAGAUCAGUAACAUAAAGUACCAUGAAGAAUUUGAGAAGAGCAAGGUUCGAAGUGAUGCCCCUCCUCCAGAAAAUCGACAAGAUGAGCAACCAGCGAACCCUGAAAGAUGCAUUCAGCCUGCUGGACAAGUGCUGCCCGCUACAGUAGCACCACCUGGUGGAGGGAGGCGCUUCCAGGCCCUGUACAGCUACACGGCAACCGAGGCGGAUGAGGUUUCUCUGCAGGAGGGAGAUCUCAUCCUGGACGUGGAGCCCAUAGACGAGGGAUGGAUGUUCGGAUGCAACCAGCGCACGGGACAGAAGGGAAUGCUCCCGGCAAACUACGUCAGACCCGUUUGAAAGAAAGCAAGAGAUGCCAAACAGACAUUAGAAGCUCCUCCUGCCAAGCGACACUGCCGUCUUCAUCAUCAUCAUCAUCAUCCUCUGCAACUGGGUUUAAUUAUCACAAUGCACCAA